AUGGAGGAGGAGCUGCAGCGAGAUGAUCGCUCCGGCGAGACGCAGGGCGCGGUGGAUGGCCGUCCAAGGGAGGUCUCCCUAACGGCGGCAGCAUCUGACCCGCCAUCACCGACGAGGACGACGAGCGAGAGUGCUGCACGUGGCCGCCGUGGUGGCGCGGAAAUUUCCGCGAACGCACGUGGCCGCUCCCGCACACUCUCAGGACCGCGACGACGGCCAGAGCCGCCGGUUCCCCUAACAAAGGAGGAAUUUGCCGCCGCCAUCGCGCGCCUGACUGCAGAGGAGAGCUUCAGCUGCAUGCAGCGGCUGGCCACGGGGACAGAAGAGGUCAGGGCGGGGGCACUAUUGAAACUCCGGUCUUUGGUGCCCGCGGACAUGCGCGCACAUGUAACCGCCACGACAGCUGCCGUGCCAGCAGUCACGCCGGCCACAGAGCCCGCCACGCCAUCGCCAGCGUGCAGUCUGGCAGAACCGGACAAGCCUUCAGAGGUAGAGCAAACCUCACGGAAGCGCCCAGCCGCGGCCGUAGAGGACACUCCCUCCCCCCAGGCAAGUUCCGGUCGCGCCAGGCGGAAGAAGAGGGCGCGCCGUAGGACGACCACGUCACCGAGGCAACCCGAUGGAGAAGGCUUCAUCGCGCCCCCCCGGCGCCAUACAGCGAGAGCCAGGGCGUUCGAACUGGUGACGCCAGAAGCGGUCCAGGCUGCAAACCGGUUCGCGGGCCUGCCGGAAGUAGCCGAGACCGACGGGGACGGGACACAGCCGACCACGGCGACGAAACCGCCCCGCCGCCCGCCGCAUAUCUCUAUUCAGUUUCCCGGCAGCUAUACCGAGCUGAGGGGCAAGCUGUACGCUGUCGCAAAACCGCGAAAGAUGAUCGCGGGCAACGACACGUACAAGACGACAGCCAAACUGCUCGUCAGGGAGAAAAGAAAGCGCGCGAAGUCACCCAAGCGCAAACCCGGAACAUCAGAGCCUCUCCCCCUACUAUUUGAUACACACCCGACCACAGAUACGGCGGACGAAGCUGCAGAGACGGCCACUCCAGGCGCAAGCAACGCAUCUGCGGGAGAAACGAUCGUGACGGACGGGUCUCCCGCAGAAGCGUCAACGCCAGCAGUAACAACAAACGAAAAUCCCAAACCUAGCACGUCCUCCCUAGUACAAGACGCUACACACGACACGCAAGACGCACCACCCACGAACUCGCCCCAGAGCCCAGAGCCGGCACACGCAAACGUCACCGCAGCAGCCGAGCACGCGCCCGCCACAGCCGAGGAGCCGGAAGCUAACGGUACCUUCGAGCUGGCGCGGCGCACGGCCAAGGUCAAGCCGCCACCAGCCGCGGCCGGCACUGCCUGCGCCACAAGCAACAAAUACGACGCGCUCGAUGAAGACGCGCAAACACCCCCAGCCCCACCACCACCAAAGACACAACAAAACACGCAACAUCCCAAACAUGAAAGACUACCACCCAUAGUCGCCACGUAUCCAGACACAUACAAAAAAAUGUACGAUCUUAUCACUGCCGCCAUAGGCGACGAACGCUUCCACGCAAAAUCUGCCGGCGGUGAUAAGAUCAAAAUCACACUGAAAACGAUAGACGACUACAACACAACAAAAAACACAUUAAAACAACACCAUAUACCGCACUACACGUACCCCACAGGUGCACAAAAGACUUUGAAAGUCGUCGUAAGAGGCUUCCCCACACGCACCGACCCCGCCGACAUCAAGGACGCCAUAACGGCGAAAGGAUACGACGUAAGGUCGGUGCGCAAACAGGGCUCGAACAACAGAGACCCACUGUAUUGUGCAACGUUAAUCGACACACCACAGCAUCGGAAGUUGUUCCAGGAAACCCGACUAAUGGGCCUUGAAAUAACGACCGAACCACUGAAACAAAGAGCUAGAGCACCACAGUGCUUUAACUGUCAAGUGAUCGGCCACGUAAAUUAUUACUGCGACAUGCCGCCACGCUGCGUGCGAUGCGCUGGAGGCCACGCGUCCAGGGAGUGCAAAAUGCCACCCCAGGACAAGCCAAAAUGCGCUAACUGCAGCGGCGCCCACACGGCCAGCUACCAAGGCUGUCCAGCACACAAAAGAGCCAAGGCCCGACAAACUGGGCAGAUCACAAACACAAAAAACUUGAGUGAUCCACCUGCUUUUGUUGAUGUUGCUUCUGCUGGUCUAGUGGUGGUUGUCGUACUUUUGCGUCUUGCGCAUUUGAAACCACGCUCUGGUUUUCGCGCGCCCGGAGUUUCUCCGCGGCUGCGGGUUGCGGGGGCUGCCCAGAGUUGA